AUGGAUCUCCUUGUGGAUGGGAACCACACUGCAGUGACCAGGUUCAUAUUAUUGGGCUUAACAGAUGAUCCAGUCCUUCGGGUCAUCUUCUUCAUGAUCAUCCUGUGCAUCUACCUGGUGACUAUAUUUGGCAAUCUCAGCACAAUCAUCCUGAUCAGAAUCUCCUCUCAGCUCCAUCAUCCCAUGUACUUUUUUCUGAGUCACUUGGCUCUUGCUGAUAUAGGCUACUCAUCUUCUGUCACACCCAAUAUGCUUGUAAACUUCUUGAUGGAAAGAAAUACAAUCUCCUACCUUGGCUGUGGACUCCAGCUUGGUGCAGCUGUAUUUUUUGGGUCAACUGAGUGCUUUGUUCUGGCUGCCAUGGCGUACGAUCGCUUUGUGGCCAUCUGCAACCCACUGCUUUAUUCGGCCAAAAUGUCCACUCAAGUCUGUGCACAGUUACUCCUAGUUGCUUAUACAGGUGGUUUUCUCAAUGCAUUCUCCUUUACUAUUUCUGUGUUCUCUUUGGUCUUCUGUGGACCAAAUGUAGUCAAUCAUUUCUUCUGUGAUUUUGCACCUUUAGUUGAGCUCUCCUGUUCUGAUACAAGUAUCCCUGCAGUUAUCCCCUCAUUUUCUGCUGGUUCUAUCAUUGUGGUCACAGUGAUUGUCAUAGCUGUCUCCUACAUCUACAUCCUCAUCACCAUUAUGAGGAUGAACUCCACCGAGGGACGUCAUAAAGCCUUCUCCACCUGUACCUCCCACCUCACUGCAGUCACUCUGUUCUAUGGGACAAUUACAUUCAUUUAUGUAAUGCCCAAGUCCAGCUUCUCAACUGACCAGAACAAGGUGGUGUCUGUGUUCUACAUGGUGGUCAUCCCCAUGUUGAACCCCCUCAUCUAUAGUCUCAGGAAUAGUGAGAUUAAAGGGGCUUUGAAGAGACAUCUUGAAAAAAAAGUAUUUUCUUAG